GGUGGCGGCGCACUGUACUAAUUACGUGUUCUACGGCGUCCUCCGAUUUUGUUCACGGAAAGUAUAUCGCCAUAUUGCUUCCGUGAAUUCAGUGAAAAAUUUGUACAUUUCUCUUCAAUUAUGACUACAAUGCCAGAAUGAAGUGAUAAAAAACAAUCUACAUUUUAUCAAAAUUAUCCUCGAUACGUUGUUUUGUGUCUCAACUACCAAUACGGCCCGUAAAAGCGUCGAGCUGAGAUGUCGUAUGAGAAAAUGGAAGUUGUAAAUCCUGCUGAGAAGGAGGCGAGCGAAGUGUUGCAUUCCCUUCUUUCGGUGGAGAGGCGUAGUGUGGAUAGCAAAGAGUCGAUCAUAGUCUCGAUACCGUCCGACCAAAACGGCGGAGGUGAAUACGGGGAGAACGCUCAGUGGCACACACCAGUCAUGGGACAACAUUCAGUUUUUGAAAUGGGAGCCCCACAAAAUAUUCAACAGCAUACCUAUAAUGGACAUCAAGAACAGGUUCUCUGGCAAGGGCACACUAUUCAGGUGGAGAAUGGUAAUCCAAAUUUAACAAACAUGCAAGGGCAGUAUACUAUAGAGUUUGAACCUCAAGUGGAUGGUGAGUCCGGAGAAUUAGAUGUGGAUACAAAACCAAAGGUAGAGAAGAAAACGGUUCUUAAAAAAAGAAAAAAAGCUGAUUCUGACAGUGACGAGGAGGUGUUGGACAAUAAAUUGGAAGACAAUCCUACACAGGUCAAAGAGAGACUGAGAAGAGGCUGCGACUGUAAAGAUAACUGCUAUCGAGGGCUUAAUCCUGAGGCAGUAUAUCGUCACCGCCUCAACAUAGCUGAACUCACAAAAAGCGAACACGACAUGUACUUGAUGGGCAUCACAAUGGCUAGCUUAGCAAAUCCAGCAGAGACUUCCCGGCACAAAGUAAGAAGGAGAUUAAGAGCCUGCUACGUAUAUCAAGGUAGAAAAGUUUGUUUGGAAGCAUUCUUAUAUCUUGAAAAUGUGACACACUAUCAGUUAAAACGUAUCCGGCAACAUGUGAUGACCCAUGGUGUUGCACCUAGGAUACAUGGAAAUGUUGGUAAGAAGCCCUAUAACACUUUCACUUUAGACAUAUACAAACAUGCAACGAAUUUCCUUAAGGAAUAUUUGAAGCAACAUGCAAAUUCUCCUAAAGAUGUUCAGCCUUCAGGAGAAGGUAAGAAAGGCAGCAAAACCAUUAUUAUCCAAGGAGACUCUCGAAAGCACUUGUUCGAGGCUUAUAAGGAGUAUGGAGAAAUCUUAGAACCAGGUGUUAAAUUAAUGGGUUAUUCAACCUUCCGAGCGUUUAUGAAAGACCAGUUUCCACAUGUUAAAUUCGCCACCAAAAAACAAGAAAUACCAAAGGAUAUGAUUCCGUUUCGAAGUGGCAAAUGCAUGUCUUAUGAUAAAAACAAAGACCCUGUCAGGAUGCAGCAAGAGAAAGAAAAGGCCGAGGCGAAGAAGGCAGCUAUGGAGGCCAAGAAGAAAGAGGAGCACGAUAGAGAACAUGCUCAACAACAAGCCCAACAACAGCAACAGAAACAACAGCAAGUGCAGCAGCAGCAGCAGCAGCAACAACAACAAGUCCAGCAGGUGCAGGUACAGCAACACCAACAGAUGUCGAAUCAACCGCACGUCGUCAUACACCAGCAGCAGCCGCAACAACAGCAGCAGAUGCAGCAACAGAUGCUUGUGCCCCAAGUGAGCCAGCACCAGCAGGUGCUCACACAGCAGGUGGGCGGGGUGCAGCAGGUCUCACAGCAGCACUGCGUGCAGUCGCUCGGAGUGUCGGAGGAGGGCGGCCAGCAGGUGGAGAUGGCUCAGCAGGUAAUACCGCUCGCCGUGGUGCAGCAGCCGCAGGCCUACAUCGUGACGCCGGUCUCGCACUUCCAGACCCGCGUGCAGGACGCGUGGUACAGACAUUGAGUAGAGUGCAGCGACUCUUCUCCUUUAUUUUUUGGCUCCGGCACGGUUUGUGCAUUAGCCAGCGUCAAGUAAUAAGACUUUUAUAAUUCGCCGUUUUAAUUAUUCACAGUUUAUGAAUAAUAAAAAACGAGAUGAAAUGAAAUGAAAUGAGAUGAGAUGAUAUUGGAUGAAAUAAAAUCUCAGUAAAAUUGUGGUUAUUUACUGAGACUUUCAGUGGACUUUUUGGAGGAUCCCAAGAAGCUACGUCCAGCUACUUGUUUCAUUUUCCCACAUUUGUGCAGAGAGAUUAAACCCGAAGAAACACUAAAUAGAUAAAAUACAACAAUUCACACAACUUCGCUCUUCGCGUUCCCGCCAAAAAGUCCCAGCAGCGUCUGGGCAUGACGGGCUACAACGGAUGCGAACAUGUUUACGUAAUAGAGAUCUCGCAACGACUAAACUGUUGUUAAUCGAAAUGGUUCCUUAAGAAAUCGAUGUUGCGUCGACUUGAUCGAUGAUUUUACGCCAUACGUAACAUCGGCAAUAGACUCGAGGUUAAUUUAGCUUAUACCUUUUCAGUAUUGGUCUUAAAACUGAUUUAAUAGCGACCUACCUUUAAGUGUUAACAUAUUUACACCACAUAAAAGAUUUAGCUAUGUAGUUAAUUUAUAAGUGAUUAUAGUGGAACCUUGAAACUUUUUUUUUUAUUUAGGACACAAGUAUACUUAUUUUAUGCUCAAUAAAUAGUUAAUAUUGUUUGCAUCAAAAAUAAAUUGAUAAAUUUUGUUUGCACCUGCACUUCAUCUAUGGAGCCAUUGAGACAUCACAAUUGUAUGCAUGAAGCAUAGAGUUCAUUUUAAAUUUAAAGAAAGCAGUGCCUUUAUUACGUGUAAUUCGUGAGUGGAAUACGGUAAGACGAUUUUGAAAAAUAAAUGUAGAAUUAGGUUUUUACAGUGAAUUUUUUGAGUGCUCGUCAAUGAUGUAGUGUAGUUAUUAGUCUUGUUUGAUUGGUGAGACGGUACGCGCGGCGAAACAUAAUGGUGUACAUUUUAAUUUGUCUUAUAAUUUAUGUUUUUAAAUUCGUCGCUUAUUUAUUUUUCUAAAUUAUACAUAUCACAAUGUUCGCGUAUUGUGUGCGUGAAAAUAAAUUCACUACAUAAUUUAAUCUAUUAUUUGAUAGCUCUUUGGAAAAGACUGUACUUGUGUUGUAGCGUGAAUAUUGUAAUUUAAUCAUAAGGAGUUAUAAAUGAAGGAAAUAGCUUUUCUUACGGCAAAGAUAAUGAAAAUACUAUUUAUUAUAUGGUGAUAAGCGAUGGUCCACCGUCGGUUAUGGUCAAUCACAAACAAGCAAAAGAUGGCGGUCAAAGAGCCAUCAAUUUUUAAUCAGUUCCUUUCUGUUAAGUAACUUCUACUAUGAUGAAAAUGUUUUGUUUCCGAAUGAUUUCCAUAAUCAUCGUUAUAAUUAUCGUAGUAUUUUAGUGCAUAUUUUUAUACCUGAAACGGAAAUUUUGUACACAUUUUUACAUAACGAAUGUAAGUAAUGUUUAUUUGUUUCGAAUUGUAAAGAAUGUACAAAAAUGCUGAACAUUUGCCUCAAUUAUUGAAAGGUAAUAUUUUUUUUUAAUGUGCAUGAGACGCAUGUUUUUUUAAAACAGCCCAGUCCAAAUUAAUUGGUUUUAAAAUUUUGGUGUUUAGAAGGUAAGUCAAGUGAAAGCAAUAAAUAAUUUUAAAAAUACCAAUAGGGUACCAUUGAUUUAUACUUAAUAUAAAAAAUAAAUAAAGGAUAUAUUAUUUUUUUAGAAUUUUAUAGAUAUUCCAUACCGUGAUGAUGACUUUGCAAUCACAAAACCAAUUCAUCUUUGUAUUCACCUAUAUUUUGAGUGUGUCCAUAAUUAAGGUAACUUUUAUCGCGAAAGUUUGUUAAUCGUAAAAGGUAAAGGAAUCGUUUCUGAAAACAAGUGCUAAUAAUGUUAAUUUUUGGGACGGUAUAUUUAAAUGAAAAUAAAUCAUAAAUUAGCGAAUUAAUAUUGUUUACGUUUUCGGGUAACUACUAUAAUAUAUUUACAUCGGUUUUUACUUCGGUGAGUUGCAACAAUAAUUAUGAAUACUGUUACAGCUUAAUCUCGCGUAAAAUUAAUUAUCGUUACAUUAUUUCAGACGUUUUGAACACUGGACAGUUGAAUCGACAUUUGAGUAUUUUUGAUUCUGCUGCCUACAUUCUGUAUCGAAUCUACUAAAAUAGUAUAAAUGACAGUAAUGAACGCGGGAUUAUGCCGUAAGAGUAGUUUUAAUUAUAACAACUUUAAAGACAAAACCAAUAUAGGUUUACAAUACUAUCCAUAAACAUGUACACACCGUAUUUACAGUGUACAAUUUUUGAGUGCUCGUCAAUGAUGUAGUGUAGUUAUUAGUCUGUUUUGAUUGGUGAGACUGUACGUGCGGCGAAACAUAUAAUGGUGUACAUUUUAAUUUGUCUUAUAUAUUAUGUUUUAAAAUUCGUCGCUUAUUUAAUAUAUGUACAUUAUCAUGUACACACCAUAUUAUAUAGACAAAUAUCUAGAAAAACAAACAACGAAAUGCAUUAACUAAAUGACACAGGCGAUGAUUCUGUUUUAGCACUCACAUUGAAUUUUUUUUACAUUUUUUCUUAAAUAAUUUAAAGUCCCACUGUAUGAUAAACGAAGGUAUUAUGAUGUAUUAAUUAUACAAUUUUGUAUUUUCAUCGGUUUUCGCGAAUCGUAGACAGAAUUCAAAUUACUUUUACAGUUUAAAUGUCGUGUUUUGUUAUUUACAGUUUAGUCAUCCGUGAUCACAAAAACUAAAAGUAGUUUUUAUUAUGUAUACAAUUCCGUUUUUACAUGCAUUAAUUUAUAGGUCCCGAAGCGCUCGAAUCGUUAUUGACCCUCCGUACUUAGUUGUGGGCACUUGUGGGUAGUCUGAUAGUCUCGUACAGCAGUUGGGUCGUCGGUUCUUGUCCGCCGCACGCCACGCCCUCGGUUCCCGUGUGAACGUCAUUUGCUUUCGCCCUCAAUUCAUUUUCGCACACCACAUCGCAUGUGGAUUAUUAUCAAUUUGAUUAUUUUAUUCGAUGAACCUAUACCGUUUUGGAAUCGAUUUAUUGGAAACUUGACAAUCGAGCUUGCUACUUCAAAAAUGAUCGAAAUGCUUAACCUACCUACCUGCCUACCAUCUGUUGAACAGUAAAUAAAAUCAUUAAUAUUUUCAGUUUACUUGCAUGACAAUUGUUCUUUUUUUUAAAAACUGCUUUUCAAAACGACGAUUGAAAUGAAGCUAACCUGUAUACCUACUUGCUGAUUUUAAAUAAUAGUACGCUACUUGUAUGUUAUUACCGAUAAAAAUGUCCCAUCGAUUUAACUAUCAAUUAUUAUUAUUUUAAACAUAUUUUAAAGGAUUAGUUUAAUUGAAUAUUUCACAACAACUUAUUUAAUAUUUAAACGUAACUAAUUUAAUAUUAAUCUUUGGCUACUAUAAUUAAUUAGCAGUGUGUGCGGAAUGUUUUGAAAAUCUCAUUUUGAGCUAAGAUAGUAUUAGUGUAAUGUGUAACUGAUAGGGUGUGUGUUUAAUUAUUUACAAGUUAAUCAUAGACAGUACAGAGAAUGUGCCUAGAAAUUAUGCUAACCAAUGUAUUUUUAUAGUGCAAUAAUAUGUAAGAUUGGAACCAGACUCAUUUUUAAUAGAAAUUAAUUGAUCAUUAAAAUUAUUUCUAUUUUGCAGUGAAAAAAUGGUAUUUUUUGUCAUUGAACUUUUUUAGUGAAGAAACCAAAUUUUAAAAUUGCUUCAAACCGUAAUUAUUGUCCUUAGUAUAAUAUUUGGCUGCCAUGUUCCAAAUUAACUGUAGGAAGACAUGAUGUGAUAGAAAAUAAACUUUUUUACGCUACA